AUGUCUCUGACCACUGCUUUCCCCUUUCAUGCGUACGUGGGAGAUCUGCGCACGCGCACCGUCCAUGAGCGCAAGAGCGGUGUUUCCCUCUCCCUCAUGACCUCGGAGGACAUGGCACGCCUCGCAUUGGUGGAGGUGCGCGUGCGCUGUGGGCAGGAGGAUCGACUGGCGCCGUGGGCUCCGGCCGUUCGGCGGGACGGCACUUACGCCACGUUCUACGACACGCGCAUGGGCAACUUUGAUGCCCGCACGUUCCCUCCGCAGGCGUGCUCGACGUGCUGCAAUACGCUCAACUCCAAAUAUGGCAAUGAACGCUGCCAGGGCCACUACGGGUACAUCAGUAUGCCGCGUCGCUACCCAAACGACCCGAACCGCUCACAGGAACGCCUUAGUGUCAUUAACCCACACCUCACCCAGGAGGUGGAGCAGCUGCUGCAGGCCGAAUGCUUUUUCUGCCACCGCUUCCGCGUGCCCGAGUUCGACGUGAUCCGCUACCAGCAGGCACUGCGCCUCGUCGACUGCGGAUUGAUCGGCGAGGCACUGCGGUUCCUGGACAUGGUGGCAAACGCCCGCGGACAGGACAUGCGCAGCCGACGCCGCCGUGACGCGAACGAGACCGUCAUCAACGACAUUCCUCUUAUGCUGGAUCACAUCGACAUGCAGCUGCGCCGCCGCGGUGCCGCUGCACCACUUCCCCCUGGGGCUACGGCAGGCAAGAUGGGGGCCCGCGGCGAUGAUAGAGACACCGGUGCAGCUAGCGUGUCGGCGCACGUGAAUGGCAGCGGUGACGGCUUCCUCAAGCCGGUCUUGGACGUCCGCAACGAGAUCUGCAAGCAGGCACUGCGCAGCUUCCGCGAGUUUGGCAACGUCUGCGCGCACUGCCAGGGCAUCUCACCUCGCAUCACGACAAAGAAUGGACACCUCUUCUUCUACUUCAACAAGAAGAACGCGGACUUCAACGUGGCAAACGGCGGGCUGACAGUGACGCAGCUGCGGGAAUGGGAAGAGAUGAACCGUCGCCAGGGGCGCAGUCAUACGUACUUCCGCACAUCGUGGGCGCGAGAGCACAUCAAGCAGCUGUGCCAGCGCGAGUCCACCAUUCUUGCAGCCCUCUACCCACACCUCGGUGAGGCCACCCUAAGCAUGCCGUACGCCUGCUCGCUCCCGUCAAUGUACUACUACAAGGUGUUCUUUGUGGACAAGCUGCUCGUGCCGCCGCUGCCCCUGCGCCUGUCUUCGGGCGUGCAGGUCUCCGAGUCCGGCAGCAUUGUCCCUGACGCCGGCACACGUGCCCUAUCUGAUGUCCUCCAGUUUGUCGAGCAGAUCGAGGCGUACUACGUCCUCGCAAACAACUCCACCCCAGAGCACAACCUCGUCAGCACAGCACAAGAAAUUGCACAGGAGCACAACCUGCGGAACUUGCAGGCCAAGGUGGCGGAGGUGUACACCAACGUGCUGGAGAGCUUUGCAAAGAAGGAAGGCCUGUUCCGCAUGCACAUGAUGGGCAAGCGGGUGAACCAAGCAUGCCGUAGCGUCAUCUCACCCGACUACUUGCUGGAGCCAAACGAGGUGCUACUGCCCCGCCCCUUCGCCCGCGCGUUGACCUUCCCGGAGCUGGUGUGCAGCUACUCACCAGCGCGCAUGCUGUUCCUCAAGCGGUGCGUCAUGAACGGCCCAGAUAUGUAUCCGGGCGCCACUCACCUGGAAAUUAGCCUGACGAGCGGUGAGACGCGCUUCGUGGACUUGCACGUGCCGGAGCUGAUUCGGCGGCAGCACGCCAUGAAGUACUUUGCGAUGGCACAGACCGGCUCCCUCACGGUCCACCGGCAUAUCCUCGAUGGCGACCACCUCAUCUUCAAUCGCCAGCCGACCCUGCACAAGGUAUCCAUGAUGGCAUAUCGUGCCAAAGUGCUCUCCGGCUUGAAGACACUCCGCUUCCACUAUGUUAACGGCAGCUCGUACAACGCCGACUUUGACGGGGACGAGAUGAACAUUCACGUCGUGCAGAGCCUCGAGGCAAGGGCGGAGCUUGAGUGUCUGAUGGACGCCAACCUCAACUACCUCGUCCCGACGUCUGGCAAGCCGAUCCGCGGCUUUAUCCAGGACCACGUGGUCGCCGGGGUGCUGCUGACCCUCCGCGACAAAUUCCUGCCGCACCACACAUUUGUGCAGUUUGUUUACAACGGCAUCGCACCGUACAUGCAGAAGCACGGCAACCCGCUCAGCCCGAACGCAACGCUGACAGAGCUGAUUCCGAUGCCCGCAGUACUGAAGCCGCAUCCCUUAUGGACGGGGAAGCAACUCAUUUCUGCGAUUGUCCGCUACGUGACUGGCGUGGUGGAAAGUCGUGGCGGCACGCGCAAGAGCAAUGGUGUCAGCAUGCACGGCACCUCUCUCAUCCAGCCGAACACCUACACCACCACGGACCCCCACACCGGUGAGCUCGUUUCGGCCUCGCGCAAGUGCAUGGAGGAUGGCCACGUGCAGUUUUUUGAGAGUGAGCUCAUCACCGGCAUCCUGUGCAAGAACCAACUUGGCUCCUGCAACCUCUCCGUCGUGCACGUCAUUCACGAAAUCUACGGGCCGCACAUGGUUGGCGUGCUCUUCGGCGCGCUUGGUCGCGUGCUGUCUAUGAGCCUGCAGCGCGAAGGCUUUUCCAUUGGCAUGGAUGACAUGAUCCUCUUGCAAGAGGAGCGGCGUACGGCGCUGCUGCGCGAGCUAGACAAUGCACCCCUCAGCCUCCCCGACGACGAGGCGAGGGUGAUGCCGGUAAUCAUGGGGAUGGCGACAAACCUCCAGAAAGAAUUCGUGCCAGGACGCAUGCUGCGGCCUUUCCCGCAAAACCAACUGCUGACCAUGACCAUGUCGGGUGCAAAGGGUAGCAACACGAAUGCAAUUCAGAUGUCGCUCGGUCUUGGCCAGCAACUCUUCGACGGGCGCCGGGUGAAGCGCAUGAACUCGGGCAAGACAUUGCCGUCGUUCUUUGUUGCGGAGAAGCGAGCUCGCUCGCUGGGCUACGCGAUUGGCCGCUUUACCUCCGGCAUUCGACCAGCAGAGUACACCUUUCACGCCAUGGCCGGUCGAGAUGGGCUCAUCGACACGGCCGUCAAGACCUCCCGCUCUGGUCACCUGCAGCGGUGCCUAGUCAAGGGUCUGGAGAGCCUCGUCGUGCAGUGGGACCACUCCGUGCGCGACGCCAACGGCAGUGUGAUACAGUUCCUCUACGGUGGUGACGGGCUCGACCCGAUGCGGACCUCGUCCCUGCAGGCGUGGGAGGUUGUCAAGGACAACUGCGUCGACCUCGGUCGAAAGAUGAACGUGAGCACUGGCGUGAUGACGGGCGAGGAAGAGGCCGAGGCGGCGGCGUUGCGCAACAACCAUGGCAGCAAGCGCGAGCGCGCCUACGAGACGGCUGCGGCGAUGCGUGCGGCACAGCGUGCAUUGCUGGAGGCGGAGGCGCAGCGCGACCCACUCCCUGCCCACUACAAGGCGAGUCUUGACACGUACCUGGAGACCAAGGCGCAGUACCCGCUCUUCAAGAAGGUGUCACAAGUCGCACGAUGGGCCAAGAACGGCGUCUUGAGCGAGAAGCUGCGCGAGAAGCGUGAGGAGAGUAUCCGGUACUACCGCGACGUCAUGACGGAGCUAACGACGCGGCGGCGGGUGCGGGCCUACUGCGACGCUGGAGAGCCCGUCGGUCUGCUGGCGGCUCAGGCCGCUGGAGAGCCGUCAACGCAGAUGACGCUCAACACGUUCCACAGCGCCGGGUCAACUGUGACGCACGUGACGGAGGGUAUUCCGCGCCUUCGCGAGCUGCUCAUCUACGCCUCUGUGCAGAAGGUGGCAAUUGUGGUGCCGGUGGAGAAGGCGACGGAGACUGACGAGGAGGCGAUCUCGCGCAUUCUGCAGGCCGGCGUAGCGACACGGCUGACAGACUGUAUGGCCCGCGUACCUGUUUCUGCGGCUGCCACCGCGGCCACGGACAGCGGUGCCACGACGAGGGCGCACACGACCCCAGGGUACCACUACCACGUCACCCGCAGCGCCGAGGGCACGCAGGUGACGGUUGCCCUCCUCUUCUCCAAGGUGCUUCUUGUGCGAAAGCAGCACACCAUGUGCAUGUCGCGAGCCGAGCACCUUCAGUCUUUUACACAGACCCUGAAGAGCUUUGCCCGACAAGUAGUGACUGCACUGCGGGGUCGCUCGAAGGACGAGCGCGAGGGCGCCUGCGGACCGAUGCGUGGGACGACGCAAGACCCAUCUUCUCAGGUGGACGACAGCGGCGCUGCAGCCGGCGGCGGUGGCAUGAGUGACAACGACGACGACAUCGACGAGCAGUCCACGCAGAUGAACACGCCGGCGCUUGGGGCCGCCUUGGCGCCGUCUGCCACUGGCAGUGAGCUUGGUCGGGAUGACUUGAUCCCAGAAGGGGACAACGACGGCGGUAGCAGCGCUAGUGACGAGGACGAUGACGAGGAGGUGGCGGACGCCGCGGACGGCUCGCGGCAUCGCAAGGGCGGCAGCGGCAGCGGCAACAGUCCCCUGUGCAAGAAGUCUCGAGCAGAGGAGGACGACAACGAGGAGGAAGACGAGGACGGCAACGGAUCGCUCUGGAAGAGCUCCAGGAACGGCGGCGUCAACAGCGAGGUGGCUGCCACAGCAUCCGGCACGAUGAGCUACGACUGCUUUCCCACAAUCUGCGUCAUGUACGGCAGCAAGAAGUACCGGGUCGAGAUCGCGCCGCUGCUGCGGACAGCGGCCACCCGCGACGGCGUUGUGGCGCUGCCGGAAGAUUUUUUCAUAGUGAACGUGUCGAUACAGACAUCAGACCAGGUGGUCGCCGUCAUCCCGGAUGUGCUCGAGAGUGUGCUGGUCCGACAGACGUUCCCUUCGUGGCUCACGCAGUUUGACGCCGUCUCGUACACGCGCAAGGCCGAGGACCCGACGUGUGGCGAGAUGGUUUUCCAGGGCCCCGCGGCGACCAUCCGCAGCGUGACGGCGUUCCUCGCCCUCUUCACCGUCCGCGCACGCGCUAUCAAAGUGAAGAGGGCGCGGUCCACCGACAUCCGCGACAUGUGCACCUCCUUUGGCGUGGAAAGCGGCUACAAAGCUCUCUUCGAUGAGCUGGAGAAGCUUUUCAAGCGCUACUCCGUCGACUACCACCACCUCACUCUCAUCGCCGACGCAGCGACGCACCGUGGCAUUUGGGAAAACUACAAUUUUACCGGUGUCAUCUCCCACAGCGCCAGCCCGCUCUUCCAGAUGACAUUCGCGUCGUCAAAGCGCUUCCUGCACACAGCCCUGACGCGCGGCAUCAGCGACGAGUUGAGCUCCAUCAGCUCGGCCAUCAUGGUUGGUGAGCGGCCUCGCGUCGGAACAGCACUUGUCAAGGUGGGCCAGGACCCACAGAUCUUGCGCGAUGUCAUCGAGAAGAACCUUGCCUGA